AUGCUUGCAGAGAGCACGUCUGUGGCCGUGGGCCGGACGAUUCCCAGCCUCCAGGCCCAAGACGCUGCAGGCCCCGGAGGCCAAGUGGGGCCCUCGCGCUUCUCUGCGAGCUGCGGUGCUGGAGCCUCGCUGCGUGUGUCGUUCGACGUUCGCACCGGGCAUGCCACGUUGAAUGGAUACAGCCUCUUCGCUCUGCAAACCUCCAAAGGCACCCUCACGGUGGCGCCCUCGAGCAACCUGACAGAUCUUUUCGACCGUCUUCAGGAAGCUGGCACGCGGGCGAGCAUCGACAUCUCUUGCACGUUUUUUGGCUUCUAUGAGUGGCAGGCAGGUCAAGCCAUCACCCCUGUCUACGGCAACCUAUCCAUUCACAUUGAAGACGAUACGUGCUGGAAGGAGACGCCACAGAAUGGCCUUGCAUGGUAUCAACCACUGCAAACUGUCCCUGGCAACACGGCAGGCAAGUGUCGAGCUUCUUGCCGCAGUGCGAGUGAUUGUGGGCUGUACCACUUCAGCGGCUCUACAUGUGAGUUUGUGGCGCCAUGCAACACGCCGGCUGGCCCUAACUGCCAGCACAUACCCGCGGUUUUCGAGAAGAUCACGAAUUGCAGCAAGACCACCACGUGCCUCGAGUUGUUUGACCCCAGCCCGACUCUGUACCCGGGGCUGUACUGCCCGCUUGGCUCCACCGUCAAUCCACAGACCGGGCAACUGCUUGGGUACGCUUACGACAAGGUGGGACUCACGUCCGAGGGUUCCUUCUACCUGCAGCCGGGAGACGGAGACUCCUGCCCGCUGGGAUCUUUGCUGCUCAGGCGGCCGAACGCAACGUGGGAUUUCGUGAAUGUCACCUCCCACAUUGUGGAGCUUCACGGGGAGCCCGUCACCUGCCUCUCCUCCGAAGCAAAGGUCUCCAAAGGGCUUCUUUCCGCGGUCUUCGAUGCCGGCUCGCAAGAAGUACAAGCAUCUGAUGAUAGCAGCCUCGUCUUGUCCUUGGAGAGCCCCAGCUGCAGUCUGAACGGGCUGAACCUGACAGUUGAUGGCACGUCCGUGACGGUGGCCAGCUCACAAGAGGCAAUCUUUGUAGACGACCCGAGCACCUCCAUCCGUGAUGACUUCAGCCUCCAUCCCUGUGAGUGCUUCCCCGAGAACUGGGGAUCCGUCCCACCAGUGGUCUCCGCGAGUUUCAAGCAGGUACCUCCGGGAAGCCAGAACCUCUUCCGGCCGCAGUCCGUCCAGAUUUUGCAGGGUAGCGCCAUGUGUCAGCAGGAGAGCCUCCUCACAAUCAAGUACGGUUCGAACGACGUGACUGCCUGUCAGGUUGCCUGCAGCACGCAGCACGGCUGCCUCUUCUUUUGGGCAGGUAGCGUCCACGGUGGGAAGCAAUGCCGGAUGUACAGCGCUUGUGAGGCACUGGUUCAGCCCGAAAAUGCUCAGGGGAGCCUCCUGGCCGCGUUCAGCAACCAGUCGUCGAAUGUGUGCCACCGCGCAGACCCUCAGCAGUGCUUCGCCAUCCGCCUGCGUCGUAUGUUCCUCGGAGCAGGCACUGGUGGACACCUCCCUGGUGGUGGCUGCCCGUUUGAAGCGCUCGCGCGACAGUGCGACUGGCACCUGAUGCUGGGCAUGACUGCUGUCCAGGCAUGCUACCAAUGCGACUACGCGUUCCUGGAUGAUCGGGAUUGGCAGCACAAGCGCCAUCUUCCCUCCAGCUUCCCUUCCGGCCAACAGCUGCGGAUCAGCUGCUGGGAGGAGCGCUACGCUCCCGUGACAUUGGCUGAGACCCCCGGCCUGGCUGCGGACAGCUACACGGUGACUUGCGCCGGCGGCAGCUGGUCCGGCCCAGCGGGCCGCUUGCUCUCCGAGUUCUCCUGCGGAGCCUGCGUGCAGCUUGUCCAGCCCCGCUACGACACGUACUAUGUGCAGCAGCAUCAGGAGCUCUACUUCACCCCGAGCGUCGUUACCGGCAUUCUGGUCGAUGGCCAGGAGCCCAUGUUUGUGAACUCGAGCGCAGAAUUGAUGGCAAUCGCGCAGAUGCAGACCUGCCUGAGGUACACGAGAAGCUCCGGUGACGAAGCUUGCCUAGCCCUUGUCGAACGCACGUCCGUGGAAGUCGGGAACAGGACGUGUGAGCCUCCACAAGGCCAGUGGUUUCUCUGCACAGCCUCUGGCGACCGGUGCCUCUUCGAUCUCGGCAACCAGCCGGGAGCACCUUUGGAGUUGUACAAGCUCGGCGAGUUCUUCGGUGCCUGUCCUCGAGGCAUAUGUCACCGGGACUACACUGCGCCAUGUGCAGACUCGGAGUUGCAGCUUGCUGUUGCUGAGACAAGCUUGCUGCAGCUCAAGGCCAAGAGGGAGAGGUGCUACGUGCCGGUGAAGGUGGCACGCGCGGCUUCUUUCACUACGAAGACCCGGAACGGCACGGACUACAGCACCUUCGCUCUGCGCUCAGUCUCAGAAGGCCAGUGCUUGGAUCUGUCAGACCAGCAGCUGAAGCCCGAAGAUUGCGAGGAGCCAAUGUCUCCUCAGCAGGGCUUGAGCGUGGCGGUGCUCCGAGACUUCUUUCAGGCCCAGCUGCAAGCAAGAGCGGGGGCGCCCGAGGCCAUCCCGUGCAGCCACUGGCCAACGGCCGAGGUGGGUGCAAGCUGCCCGGGGGGAGCCCUCACUGGGAUCAACUUCGGCGUGAAGCAAGCGCCCUGCAGCACCACUCCGAUUGCGCGCGAGGGCACGCGACCGGGCCUUACCACCACAAGCGCCCUGCAGUUUGUGGCAGGCAACGGAUCCUGCCUCAUAGUGUACCAGAGCCAAACUGUUGCCAUGGGAAGCUGCAUGGACUCCACCAGUUUCUGGAGGUUUAUUGAUGCUCAUUGGGAGUAUCCUCGUUGCCUCCAAAAUGCAGCCUUGGAAACGUAUCUCCACGUAGUCCAGGACCGCCUUGUCUUGAACAGGAACUACUGCCAACAACCAGCAAGCUUCUCUUUCUUCGGGAUACAGCUGAUUGGCUUCGACGGCUCUGCCUUUUACUGCUUGGCCUCGAAGGGUCUCUCCAAGCCGACGCAGAUCGUGGAUCCUUGCAGGGGCCAUCCUGUUGGCACGAUGUCGCAGCGCCGUGCGAGCACGGACGACUUCGGCCUCACCUGCCCCGUCGGCAUGCUCCUCAGCAGCUUCCAUAAGCCGCCGACUGGAGAGGGAGACCCGGUGUCCAUCGACUACACGUGCGUCCGGGCUACGACAAUGGGAAGCUGCCAGAGCGUCUCUGCAAGCUCCGACUUCAUGCAGGCCACGUGCCCACAAGACACGGCGCUGCAGUCCGUCAUCUUCAAGAAAGGCCCGACGCUCAAGUCCCAGCUGGUACAACCGUCGCAGUGGGCAAGUGAACUGAGGCGAUCACGGCUGGAGCAUCACGGCACAGUUGUGGGCAUGCCGCGGUCGAUCGCCGACUUCCAGACGCAGCGCCUGCAGAGCUGGGAGGGCGUGUACUGCCCAGAGCGACGGGACGCGAGCGGCAGGCUCCAAUACCGACAGCGCAGCUUCUUCAAGGAGAGCGGGUCCACUCCAGAGGCGCACAAGUUCUUCUUUGAGCUGCCCGACUCCUGGUGCUUAGGGUCCAGCUACACCCGAGAGACUGUCAGCUGCGUUUGGAGCAGCGCUGUGGACCCGGCCUUGGCUAACGGCGAGCUCAAAAACGAGGUGUGGGAAGUGGCCAAAGUCACGGACUUCGACGCCAACUUUGCUGCUGCCACAUCCUCUGGCCCAGGAAAGGCAGGAAAGCGGCAUAAGCCCCAGCUGAUACAGUUCCACGCCGUCAAGCUUGCGACGAAAGAAGAAUGCAAGGAGGAGGUACCCGACUGGGAAAGCGUCGGGAAGACGCUGGGGCCAGAGAAUCCAUGCUCCUACGUGACAGGCAAAGCUCCCAACAGCGACGACCAUGGAGGCAAAGGACGGGCGCAGUGGUUCGAAAAGACACAGCUGGAUCUUGCAACCAUUCAUCCGCUCUCUGGUGGGAAGGGUGGUGCCGGCUAUAGCUAUGAACACAUUCUCGACUGUUGGGAGCGGCAAGAGGACAGAGAGUCUGGUGAAGCAACAGCAGCUUUCAUCAAAGAGCAGGAGCUUGCGGGCUGGGACAUCGCCAGCUCCGUGCUGGCCCAGGCGUGCGCGACGGUGCCGGGCGCCGUCCUCUCGCCCUUCGGAGUCGGGGUUGAAGAGCACACUGGAGAGAUCUGCAAGGGCAUCAUUGAGACAGUCAAGGAGGUUACAGACACCUCACUAGAAGCGGUCAGGGCGUCGCAAGAGUAUGAGACACAGCUCGAGACGAAGGCUGACUGCAAAGGGAACAACGCCGCAUUCGCGCGAAUUUGGUGUGACAUCUUUUGUGUCAAGUCCGCCGUGCAAGACGGCAAUCGCGCAAUCUUGGAGUCUUUGCAGAUGGCAGUGAGCGUCCUCGAAACCAACAUCGGUCGCUUGCUGGAGUACUACACCGAUAUAGUGGGCGACAAAGUGGACGCGCUCCGCGCCGACCGAGGCAAGGACGCGCUGGUGGGGUCUGACGUCAGGGGCGCCCUGCUUGCGAAGCUUCGUGGCGCACAGCGAUUCUUCGCCCAAUCUCCGCUCGAUCGAGUCGGUCACGAAGCCGCGGAGCGACUGCUUCAAAGCUUCCGCCAGGACCUUCGAAACCGGUCGAGCGCUGCGGAGAUGGCGGAGGAUGUGGAGCGGCUGCAUGCGGCUCUGGCUCACGUUGCCAGUGGACACAGCUUGGACGCAAGCGCCGCAGUUGCGGCCAAUGUAGCUCGGGCAGCUUCGAAGAUGCAGUCCUUGGCUCGCAUCAGGAGCCAUACGCUUGGCGUCUACUCACACCGUGGCCGCACAUCUAAACAACGCCAGAACAGCUUGGCGACGACGGCGCAGUCCCUGAACGCGAAGCAGCUGCUAGGUGAGAAGGAAAGCUCGGAUGUUUGGCAAGUUCUGCUGCAGCUAGACUCUACGUGGUGGUCGCUGCGGGCUGCCUUCGACAAGUAUCUCCAGAAGGCCAGCGACUGGUCGUCCGUUUACACAUCCUCCGCGCAGCUGCUGCAGGACUACCUGUCCUGCUCCGCGGAGUACGGGCCGGUCAGGGAGGCCUACAGCCGCCUCGUCGAAGCCGACGCCUCCGCCGGCAAGGCCUUGCAAGAGGCCUGGUCAGAGAUGCUGCCCUUGGCGGGCUUGCUGGUUUCAAAGCUGGUGGACUCCAACUCACUGGUGAAGCUCAGCAUCCACGACGCGCAGCUUCUGAGUGACUCCGGCUUCCUCGCGGAGGUCGAGGCUCAGAAGGUUGGCCGGGCGAUGAACCGAAGCGUGGAUGAGGGUCUGACGGGGCAGACCAUUCGGCAGUUGCUUGGCCUUUGCUCCUCUUCAAGUUCGCAUGCUACCCAGUACGAAAGACUGAACGGAAAAGACUGGCCCUUUUUACCGGACAGGCUCACGACAAUGUUCGCGGAGCUCAUGCCGCGUGGCAUUCACAUUUUGCAAGUUAGCAAUGGUUUGCACCUGUGGCUGAAAGGGCGCAGUGAGAAUGUCCCCGAGAACGUGGAUGUGAUGCAAGAGAGCCUGGAGCGUGCGCAAGAGCACAUCCAGCAAAGCGUGGCUGUUCGACCCCUGCUGCAACAGAAGGUGGCCGAGGAGGUGCGCGCCAAGUUUUGCUCGCUCAAGAGCUGA